AUGCGAGAUCCAGGAAGUUUCAACAUUCCCUGUUCCACUGGAGAAGUUUACAUAGGACAAGCCCUAUGCGACCUUAGAACUAGCAUUAAUCUCAUGCCAUUAUCAAUCAUUAAGCAACUGGGAAUGGGAGAACCUGUACCCACAAAAAUUACUUUGCAACGAGCAGACCAUUCUUUGGUAUAUCCAAAGGGAAAAUUAGAAGAUGUGCUCGUAAAGGUGGAUAAAUUCAUCUUACCAGUUUAUUUUAUUAUAUUGGACUACGAAGCUGAUAAAGAUAUACCUAUCAUUUUGGUAAGAUCCUUCCUGUCUAUAGGAAGAACCCAAAUUGAUGUGUACAAAGGUCAAAUCACCAUGCAGGUUAAUGGCAAGAAGGUGAAGUUUAUUAUUCUUAAGGCGAUGGAAUAUCCUGAUGAGAUCAACGCAUGCCAAAUAGCUAAAUUAGAAGAGGGUUGGCCUUGUAGGCUAGAAUUUGAAAUUAAUAAAGCGGUGGAAUUGAAGGAUGGGGCGAAUGCAACAUUUGAAUCUUGUUAUGCGAUAAAAGAGAUGCAAAGGAAUUUUGAACCUUUGGGUUUAGAAAAACGAGAAGGUAAAAUCAAGCCUUCGCUCGAGCAAUCGCUAGUUUUAGAGUUGAAAGUGCUCCCUGCUUGCUUGAAAUAUGUGUUCCUUGGUGAGAACGAUACUUCACCUAUAAUUAUUUAG